AUGUCAUUUUCUCCUGUCUUGAGACCUGCCAGUCGCCUGGCCCGCUACCGAGCGCUCGCGCCCAAAGCUUCUGUCCAUGUGUCUCCAAUUCAGCUGGGCGCGAUGAGUAUCGGCGACAAGUGGGAGCAGUUCGGCAUGGGCAGCAUGAACAAGGAGUCAUCGUUUAAACUUCUUGAUGCGUACUAUGACGCUGGCGGCAACUUUAUCGAUACGGCGAACAACUACCAAGACCAGUCCAGCGAGCAGUUCAUCGGUGAAUGGGUGGAGAAGCGCGGAAACCGUGACCAGCUCGUUAUUGCUACCAAGUACACCCUCAAUCCAAUGAUAAGACAUGACAAUGUGAGGCAGAAGGUCGCGUUUGGGGGGAACAGCCUCAAGUCGUUGCACAACAGCGUCAACAACAGUCUGAAGAACCUUCGGACGGACUACUUGGACAUUCUCUACGUCCACUACUGGGACCACGAAACAUCGAUUGAAGAGGUAAUGGAUGGUCUUCACGCGCUGGUUCUGCAAGGAAAGGUGCUGUACCUGGGAAUAUCCGACACGCCUGCCUGGAUCGUUUCGCAGGCUAAUCAGUACGCCAGAGACCACGGAAAGAGCCAAUUUGUUAUCUAUCAAGGAGCUUGGAGCGUCCUUGACCGCUCGUUUGAGCGAGAGAUCAUCCCCAUGGCCCGUGCUCAAGGCAUGGCCUUAGCUCCGUACAGAGUUCUUGCCACAGGUCGUCUGCGUUCAAACGAAGAAGAAGAACAGCGUCGCAAGACCGGAGAGCACGGUCGCACUGCCUUUGGCCUCAAGUGGGAGCGCAGCUCGACCGAAAAGCUCAUGGUCGCUGCGCUCGAGGAGGUCGCGAAGGACGUUGGUGCGGAGCACCAUACAUCCGUUGCGAUCGCAUACGUGAUGCAAAAGGCGCCAUAUGUCUUCCCUAUCCUCGGAGGACGCAAGGUCGAGCAUCUUGAGGCGAACCUUGAGGCUCUUAGCAUCAAGCUCAAGCCCGAGCACUUCAAGAAGCUUGAGAGUGCUGUGCCAUUUGAUCUUGGAUUCCCGUAUGCGACCUUUGGUAACUAUGACGAGCGGAGCUUGGCUAUUGCACGGCUUUCGGCGUAUAUCGAAUAUCAUCCUCGGGCGCAGCCCAUGGGCCCGGAGGAAGACUGA